CAGUAAGGCUGCACUCCCAGCCAAUCCCGAACCGCUAGUCGCGGAGACGCAAGGGAAACAUAAUUCUGACGUUCAGCACUGACAGUCUGGCCCUGCGCGUGGGCCAUCUGCGCAUGCCUAGUGCCGCCUUCUGUCUCUGUGUACUUCCGCCUUUUACUUGUGUUUCCCUCAGGCCCUGAGUGGGAAGCGGUUCCGGGGCUGCCGAGUCAAUGAGCUCUUCUGGGGCCAGUGUCACACCACGAGGGAGCGGCGGCUUUAUAGGGAAGGAGAAUUCAGGAGCUUCCAGGCAGGCCAAAUCUUUCAUGACCCCACUCCUUGUCUUCUAAACCAGCAUAUCUUCAGUGUUGUCUACAUUUUUCCAAGAACAGAAGAAAAUGAAUAAAUCCCAGAUUGAACAGAAAUUCCAGGGAUCAGUAUCAUUUAAGGAUGUGACUGUGGGCUUCACCCAGGAGGAGUGGCAGCACCUGGACCCAACUCAGAGGUCCCUGUAUAGAGAUGUGAUGCUGGAGAACUACAGUAAUCUUGUCUCAGUGGGGUAUUGUAUUACCAAACCAGAGGUGAUCUUCAGGCUGGAGCAAGGAAAGGAACCGUGGAUAAUGGAGGAGGAAUUCCCAAGCCACAGCUUCCCAGAACCCUGGAAAACUGAUCACAUGAAAGAAAGAAGCCAAGAAGACCUGCCUAAGCAUAUGUGGCAAGUUGUAUUCAUCAAUAACAAAAUGCUGACUAAAGAACGAGGUCUUGUAAUAGGAAAACCAUUUAACUUGGACACAGAUUCUUUUCCUUCCAGAAAAAUACUCUGUCAGUGUGACUCAUGUGAAAUGAGCUUCAACUGUAUUUCAGAACUGGUUGUCAAUAAGAAAAACUAUUUAGGAAAAAAUACUGAUGAAUUUAACACCUGCGGAAAAUUGCUACUUGAUAUUGAAUGUGAGAAAACUCAUACUAGAGAGAAAAGUGAAUUUUUUAAAAAUGGGAAAACUUUCAGUCAUAAUGAGGAUCCUGUUCAGCUUGAGAAGAUUCAAACUUUACAGCAAAAUUUUGAAUACAACGUAUAUCAAGAAACCUUUCUUGAAAAGGCGGUAUUCAGUAAACACAAGCGAGAGAUCACUGAAGGGAGUGACUGUGAAUAUAAUGCUUAUGGGAGAAUGAUCUGUGAUGACUCAUCCUUCUUGUUCCAUCAGUUAAUUCCCUCAAAGGAACAUCACUAUGAACUUAGUGACUGUGGGAAAUCCUUAUGUGUGAAGUCUACCCUUUUGAAUCAUCAUGGGGCACAUAUGAAACACUAUGAAUGUAACAAAAGUGGGAAUAAUUUCAGGAGGCAGUUAUACCUCUCACAACUUCAGAAAACUCAUAAAGGAGAGAAACACUUUGAAUGUAAUGAAUGUGGGAAAGCUUUUUGGGAGAAGUCACACCUCACUCGACAUCAGAGGAUACACACAGGAGAGAAACGCUUCCAGUGUAGUGAAUGUGGAAAAACUUUCUGGGAGAAGUCAAACCUAACUAAGCAUCAGCGAUCACACACAGGGGAGAAACCCUAUGAGUGCAAUGAAUGUGGGAAAGCCUUCAGCCACAAGUCAGCCCUCACAUUACACCAGAGAACACAUACAGGGGAGAAACCUUACCAGUGUAAUGCUUGUGGGAAAACGUUUUACCAGAAGUCAGACCUCACUAAACAUCAGCGAACACACACAGGACUGAAACCCUAUGAAUGUUAUGAAUGUGGGAAAUCCUUCUGUAUGAAUUCACACCUUACAGUACAUCAGAGAACUCAUACAGGUGAGAAACCUUUUGAGUGCCCUGAGUGUGGGAAAUCUUUCUGUCAGAAGUCACAUCUUACACAGCAUCAGAGAACUCACAUAGGGGAUAAACCCUAUGAAUGUAAUGCAUGCGGGAAAACGUUCUACCACAAGUCAGUGCUCACCAGGCAUCAGAUAAUUCACACAGGGUUGAAACCUUAUGAAUGUUACGAAUGUGGGAAAACCUUCUGCUUGAAGUCGGACCUCACAGUACAUCAGAGAACUCACACAGGGGAGAAACCCUUUGAAUGCCCUGAAUGUGGGAAAUUUUUCAGCCAUAAGUCAACCCUGUCCCAACACUAUAGAACACAUACAGGGGAAAAACCCUAUGAAUGUCACGAAUGUGGAAAAAUCUUUUAUAAUAAGUCAUACCUAACUAAACAUAAUAGAACACACACAGGGGAGAAACCCUAUGAAUGCAGCGAAUGUGGGAAAACCUUCUGCCAGAAGUCACAGCUCACUCAGCACCAGAGAAUUCACAUAGGGGAGAAACCCUAUGAAUGUAGUGAAUGUGGAAAGGCUUUCUGCCAUAAGUCAGCUCUAAUUGUACACCAGAGAACACAUUCAGAAGACAAGCCCUAUAAAUGUAGUGAAUGUGGAAAAUCUUUUUGUGUGAAGUCAGGACUUAUUUUGCAUCAGCGAAAACACACAGGGGAAAAGCCCUAUGAGUGCAGUGAAUGUGGGAAAGCCUUCAGCCACAAGUCAUCCCUCACGGUGCAUCACAGGGCUCACACAGGAGAGAAAUCUUGCCAGUGUAAUGAAUGUGGAAAGGUCUUUUACCGUAAAUCAGAUCUUGCUAAACACCAGAGAUCACACACAGGGGAGAAGCCCUAUGAAUGUAACACGUGUGGGAAAACCUUCUCUCAGAAGUCAAACCUCAUUGUACAUCAGAGAACACACACAGAAGAAAAAUCUUACGGUUUGAAGUGAACUUUAGAAGUGGUUGAGCCACAAUUCAGCAUCUACUGCACUUCAGAGAAUUCACACUGUGGAGAAUGCUCUGUUGACAUCCUGAAUGUUCAGUAACCUUCGUCUACAAACUGGCCUUAUUUUACUCCAAAGUAAUAAUAAGGGACAAACCCAUAGACUGCAACAAGCAUAAGACACAGCCUUGUUAAGAAGUAACAUUCCAUUGAAUGUCAUACAACUAAUUCUGGCAAAAAAACCUCACAGGUUUUUUGACUUUGUAAAAGCUUCAGCAAAAAUACAAACUGUGUUAUGUCAGAAUUUAUAUUGGGGAGAAAUAUGUCCAUUUGAGACUAUAGCUUGAACAUUUUCUUUAGAAGUAAUGUAACAUUAGAAGUUGUGUUUGGUUUUAAUGUCAUAGUUAUCUUUAGGAAGAAUAACUAAUUGUAGUUUAUAGUUGUAUAUUGUACAUUGUAAAGCUUAAAAAACAAACAAAACCCCAGUAAAAUGCAAUAGACUCAUAAGAAGUUGCAGUAAUUGUACAUGGAAUUCUCCUGUACCAGGCUUCCUCUAAUAAUAAUGUUACAGAACCCUAACAUAUUUUUAAGUACAAGAAAUUGAUGGUACUCCACUAGUCAGAUACUUACUCAGAUUUCACCAGUUUUUACAUGUAUUCUGUGUAUUUCGUUGUGUAUUUCUGUGAAAUUUUAUCGUCUGUGUAUUUGAGUAACUGUCAACAAACACAGGUUACAAAAUCAAGAAGGAAUCUGGAAUUGGUAUUACAUGAAGAUUACAGGGGAAUCAGGAUUUCACCACAAGAAGUUCCCUUGUGUUAAUAAUCAUAGCCUUUCUGCCACCCUAUUCCUGGCAACGAUUUGAAUAUGAAGCUUUUAAAAAACAGAUUAAAUUAAAUAGCUAGGGCAACAGCAUCAAACACAUGUGAUAUCUCUGAAGUUCAUAGGACGUGUGUAUGUACAUUAUAUAAACUGUCUAUGUUUCUCAUACAAAACAAUAUAAUUGUGAGCAGGAAAUAGAUGCUCCUAGUUUAGCAGUUGUUACAACGUCAGGCACAUCUCCUUUGUGUGUAGGGCCUAGAGCAACAGUUUAAAAGGAAGGCCACAAAGCUAAUAGCUAACCUUUUAAAACUCAUAAAUCAAAAUAACAAGAUGUUCAAUAAAGUGUGUUCUGUGCAUGGGGAUAGCUAGGCCCUAGUCCCAUUACCCCUUUUCUCUUUCCACCCAUGGUUCAUCCCAAACCAUGAUGUGCCUUGAGUGUACAUAUCUGAAUACUCCAGCCUUCAGCCUAAAUUUGAUCCAAACCCUCUGUAAGCAACUGCCCUCUAAGACAGGGUCCAGGGAAGAAACCUCAGAUCAGACCACUCAGGGCUAUAAACUGGACUGUGAAUUGAGGGCCCUGAUGCACCCAGGGUGGGAUCUUGGCCCUUAAUGUCUUUUGAGUCUACGACAAGAGGAGAAGGAGUGGGGCUGGAGCAGGGACAAAGUAGAAUUAGAAUAGUGCUUUUAUUGACAAUGCAAAGGUGAUAGGCUAAUUACAUGACCAGACUACAUAAAUAAUUAGCUUAACCUGAAAUUACAGUCUAGUGAUCUUAGCCUAAGCUUCCUUUUUAGGAAACUAGGAAAAGAAGAGAAAAUUACAUCUAAAGUAUACAAAACAAAAAAAUGAUGAGACUUAGGAUGGAAAUCAGUGAAAUGGAAAACAGGAAACCGAUAGAGAAAAUCAGUCAAAACCAAAAGCUGGUUCUUUGAGGUCAGGAACGUUGAUAAAUCUCUAGCCGGUUACCUAAGAAAAAGAGAAGACACAAGUUGCUAAUAUCAGGAAUGAAAGAGAGCCAUAACUGCAGAUCCCUUGGUCAUCAAAAGGCUUAAAGGAAUUUUAUGGGUAACUCUAUGCCCACACAUUUGAUAACCUAGAUGAAAUGGGCCAGUUCCUUAAAAGACAGAAUUCUGCCAAAACUCACGGAAGGAUAAAUCUGAAUAGGCAUAUAUCUGUUAAAGAAAUUGAAUCAAUAUUUAAUCUCCCAAAUCAGAAAGUAUCAGGCCCUUAUGUGUCACUGGUGAAUUUUACCAAGUUAAGGAAGAAAUGAUACCAAUUCUCUGCAGUCUCUUACAGAGUGUAAAAGUAGAGGGAACACUUCCUAACUUGUUCUAUGAGGCCAACAUUAUUCUCAUAGCAAAACCAGGCACAGACGUUACAAGAAAGGAAAACUACAGACUGAUAUCUCUCAUGAACAUAGAUGCAGAAAUGCUCAACAAAAUAUUAGCGGAUUGAAUCCAACAAUAUAUAAAAAGAAUUAUAGAACUGUGCCAUAAUCAAUUGGGAUUUAUCCAGCUGUGCAUGGCUGGUUUAUCAUUUGAUAAUCAGUUGGAGUAACCCAACAUAUCAACAGGCUUAAGAAGAAAUAUCAUAUAAUCAUAUGAAUAGAUACAGGGGAGCAUUUCAAAAAAUCUUAAUACCCAUUCAUGUUUUUAAAAAAUCUCAGUAAGCUGGGAAUAGAGGGAACUUCCUUAACUUCUUAACUUGGUAAAGAACAUCUACAGACAUCCUACAGCUAACAUCAUACUUAAUGUGUAGAAACUGGUUGCUUUUCCAGUAAGAUAAGGAGCAAGGCACGGAGAUCCCCUCUCACCAUGUCUUUUCAGCAUCCUUCUGGAAGUCCUAGCUAAUGCAGUAAGACAAGUAAGGGAAAUAAAGGGUACACAGAUUUGGAAGGAAGAGAUGAAACUGUGUUCACAGAUAGCGUAGAUUGUCUAUAUAAAAAGUUCCAAAGAAGCAACAACAAAAAACCUCCUGACACUAGUAAGCAAUCAUAGUAAGGUUACAGGAUAAUGAUGCUCAGGCAGGUGGUAAAAAGAAAUGAGCUCUCAAGUAACAAAGAAUUCCUCUAAGAACCUUAGAUGCAUAUUGCUAAAUGAAAGAAGUGAAUCUGAAAAGACUAUACGGUGUGAUUCCAACUGUAAUACAUUCUGAUGAAGGCAAAACUAUGCAGACAGUAAAAAGAUGGGUGGUUGCCAGGGAUUCGGGGUGAGAGAGGGAGGGAGGAAUAGGUGGGUUACAGAGAAUGUUUAGGGCAGUGAAACUAUUCUGUAGGAUACUGUGAUGGUGGUUACCUGUCAUUAUUCAUUUGUCAAAACCUACAAAGUGUGAAACACAAAGGGUCCACCCUGAUGUAAACUAUGGAUUUUAGUUAGUAAAAAUGUGUCAGUAUUGGCUCAUAGGUUGUAAUGAAUGUAGCACACUCAUGCAGAUAUUAAUAACAGGGAAACUGGAGGGAGGUAGAGGUAAAGGGGUGUAUAGGAACUCUGUGCUUUCUGCACAUUUUUUCUGUAACCCUAAAACUUCUCUACAAAACGAAGUGUGUUAAAUAAACAACCUGCCACAUAUAGCAGUGUA